UAAAAUAAAUUAUUUUGGCAACACAUUUUAGGAAUACACACAAAUUAUGAACGUUUUUUAUUGAUUUUAAAUUUGAAAGCUAAUGGACACAGUAAGACGCGAACAAGCACGUGCAGAGCACGCCUUCGAAAAAGAGCAGAUCAGGCAUGGAAAACUUUACGAGAAUAUAAUUAACCUGCUGGAGGAAUGCGUCGACAUGGUAAAAGCCCCUGAAUACACCAGUUGUCAUGAAUAUCUUUCCUUAAAUAGAUAUAAACAGCCUUCAACUCUGCCGUCUAUCCACAAAAUGAAAUUUAGAUCAAGCAACCUUCUAGUCUCCACAUCUGUAUACGAAAAUUGCGGAGUGCCACUGGAAAAGAAACAAGCAAUGACCCGUCUAACAGCCGGUGGUCCUGGACCUGGGGGCGGGGAUGUCCGAGUGCUGCCGAUAUCCCCACAGCCCAAUGCCCCAGUCCAGACUCAACGACUGAGCUCAAAGAAUUAUGAAAAACUGUUUGCUGCGCGCUUUCCAGAAAUGGAGCCUCACGAAAAAAAUGACACACCAGCGGUGGUGAAGACAACAAAGAUGGUAACUCGUGACAAGGAAAGCACCACAACACCAUCGCUAAUGGCGCCAGCACUUGCCCUCCACACAUCCACUCCACUCAUCCAAGAACCGAUCUCAUUGCCGCCAUCCGUGCCGAUUAAACUAAAUGUGGAAACUCAGGCCGACUUUAAAGAAUCGCCCGGUUGUAAGGAGAAACGGGAAACAGAUGGUCUGCCGCGAACUAAGCGGUCAAGGAUUACAGUUCCAUCGCCCUAUCGGUCGUUCCAAAUAGAUGAAGACUACACUUCGAAGGACGAUUAUACACCGAAGGAAGAAAAAACACCGACAUCAAGACCGCAGCGAAAGGAACGAGCAAAAGAAGCAACAGAGGUCCUUAGGCCACAGCUAUAUGAAAAGGCAACUCAAAGCGAUGAACAGCCUCCGGAUGAAACAAAAAAUGAACUUUCUGAGCUAAAGGCCAAAUAUGACGAUCAAUCGGUGUAUGUAAAAAAACUGGAGGAAGAAAUUGACAGGCUGCGAGAAAAAGUCAUAUUUCCAGCUCCGAUGGCUCAGCAGCGUUGCCCGCAGCUUGAACGACAGAACUCCAGCAUUUGCGAAUUCUGCAAGGAUAAGGAAUUGCCUUUGUGUGAAAAUAAUCUUCAUCAUCACAUGUUCAGCUUUAUUGGACUCCGGCAUUUUAACGAAGUCGUCCUCACGGUUUUGCUCCGCUCCGAUAACAUCUACCACAUUAAUGUGCGGGAGCUUAAAACUGGCAAUGUCCUGGGCUGUGUUCUGGCCACUGAUGCUGCCAUCGAAGAGGCCAUUCAAUUGAAUAUGUUUGAAUAUUUUCCAACCUUCUGCGUGACCGAUGUGCGCAACACUUUAAAGCCACGCGAUUGUCCAUUUGGCAUGAAUUUUGAACUCGUCCAUGAGAAGAGGGAAGAUGCAGGACAGGUGUCAUCCAGUCCCAAAGAUGUCAUCACGCUAUAUGAGAAAAAGAUUGCCAAUCAAAUAAACACACCACCCACGAGCAAUCUACGCGCCAUGUUUUCUGUAACCAAGACCCAUGCCGUACCUAUACCGCCUUACCGGAGCCGUCGCCGUCCAGCGGCUCUUAAGAUUUCCGUUAUUAACAGCAAAUAUGUGUUGAGAGAUGACGAUGACAAAUAUCCGGUGCGAAGCAUCGAAGUAUCCUCCAUCACCGACUUGGUAGGCAGUGGAACAAAAUUCAAAAACAACAAACACAAUAAGCGUAGGAAAACAAAGCUUCGGAGUCCCGUAGAGUGAUUGUUCAUUUAGGAUUAUAACGUUUAAAUUAAUGUGGAAAACGAUUUAAAUAAAAUGACACGCUAAUUUUAACAUAAUUA